AUGGGUGACACGGCGGGGUCGACGGCCGCCACCAAACCAAAUGUGCUCAUCAUUGGAGGCCUUGGUUACAUUGGACGCUUCCUGACCAACUACAUCCACACCAACUCGCUUGCUUCGACACUCAGGAUAGUAGACAAGCAAUUGCCACAGCUGGCCUCGCUGGCCCCCGAACACAAAGAUGCCUGCAGCGCCAACUUCAUGCAGGCCGAUGCCUCGCGACCACAAUCACUGAGCCGCGUCUUCGACCUGCCCGACGGCCAGUCGUUCGAUUAUGUCUUCAACUGCGGAGGUGAGACUCGUCACUCGCAAGACGACGAGGUCUACAAGCUACGGUCCUACGAGCUAUCCCUCAACGUUGCCAAAGAGGCUGCCCGUCGCCAAGUCAAAGCCUACCUCGAGCUCUCCACCGGCCAUGUAUACGACAGCAAACGCGACCCGCCGCGCAAAGAAACAGACAAACUCAAGCCCUCGCUCAAGCAAGCAAAGUGGAAGCUCCAAGCCGAAGAAGACCUCAGCAAGAUCCCGAACCUGCCGCUCGUCAUCCUCAGACUACCAAACGUCUACGGCCCCUACUCCGGACAAUGGAUGGGCACUCAAUUGGCCCUCGCCCGUGUAUACCAAGGCAUCGAGAAAGAGUUGAAAUGGCUAUGGGGUCCUGAACUGCGUACCCAUACUGUCCACAUCGACGAUGUCGUUCGCGCAUGCUGGACUGCUGCAGACUGGCGCGCGAACCAAGCACAAAGCGGCGCAGCUGCCGACAGUGGCCCCACGUCCUCGGCCUCAGUCUUCAAUGUCGUCGACAAGGGCGACACGAGCCAAGGCACAAUGGCCGAGAUUACAAAGGCUCUCUUUGGCAUUGAGACUGGCUUCCAAAACGUCCUCAUCAACACCUUUGCACGUCUCAACCUCGAAUCUGUUGUAGACGACGUGAACGACGAGACUCUGGACCCAUGGGCCGAAUUGCAACAAACAGCUGGUCUGGAAGGUGGCACAGGACCUCUGAGUCCCUUCAUGGAGAAGGAACUCUUGCGCGAAGCCGACCUAUGCCUCAACGGCACCAAGUUUGAGCAGACUGUUGGAUUCAAGUACACCCAUGAAAAAUUGACAAAGGAGGAAGUCGAAGCCGUGAUCGACAGUUACAAACGCAUGAAGUGGUGGCCUUGA